AUGGACAAUGAGUGGGAAUCGCUGCUGGCAGACGUUGAGAGGAAGCUGGUGACGCUAACUCUCCCUGAACUUGGAUGCGCUAUGCACAGAGCUUCAGCCCAUUGUCAGCUGAAAUGCGACCAACUGACCAAACAGAACAAAAAGCUCGUCCAGCAGAUCAGCGCUGUGCGGGAGGACAAGAAGGACAUAUGCGAGUACCUGCAACACGCCUCGGCUGCCUUGGACAGGGAGGUGGCCGAGCUGACUGAGCAGCUGGAGGUUCAGCGGCAGACCGACAAACAGAGCCUGCAGGAUCUGGAGCUGCUGCUCAAGGUGAAGCUAGAGCAGCAGCAGCAGCAGAUGUCUCAGUAUCAGUCCGACAUCCAGAGUGCACAGAAGCAGCUGGACGCCAAGGAGAAGGAACGUGCAGCCGCCAGACUGGAGUGGCUCGAGGCACAAGAACUGAUGAGGAAGAAACCCAGCAGCCAGCCGAAGGAGCGUGCCGGCAAGAAGCUGAAGGCUGAGCGCAGUGAGGUGCAGGAGAAGUAUGAGUCUCUGCUGCUGGAGAACUAUACUCUGUGGAAGGAGAGUGAGUCAGCGGAAAAGAGAAUCGAAGUGCUCCAAUGUGAGACGGACCGCAAGAAGAAGAACCUCCAGGAGGUUACCAGCAGGGUGGGCAGUCUGCAGCAGGAGGUGGAUAGGUGGACCAAGAAGUGCAAGCAGCUGCAGUCUCAGAAGGAGAAGAACAGCAGCCUCCAUCAGCGCGUGUUGGAUGAAGAACAGACUCUCAGACGGGAACGGGCCUCAGCGUCUGAGACUGCUCGUCAGAGGGCAGCAGAGAUAGAAGAAGUGAAGGUCCAGCUGAAGGAGGCGAAGGCCAGCAGGAGGCAGGUGGAGAAGGACGUGAAGCAAGCAGUUGCUAUUCUCAGACCCAUGGUGGCGGACCCAGACAAAGUUCCAGAUGCCCAGCAGAGGCUGCAGAAGCUGAAGAAGAUCCUGCAGAGCCCCGGAUCUGUCGUCAGCAACUCGGCCAAGGAGGUCGGCGGAGGACAGGAGCUGCAGGAGCCCGAACCAGAACGAUCAGACAUCAGAACCUGA